AUGGCGCGACUCAAUGAACCGCCGAUUGCACCUCAGCCAUCGGCGGAAACGAUCGAAGCUGUGAAGCGACGGUUUCUGAGGCAGAAUCGCGAACUCGCCAAGACCAACUCAACACAAUCCAUACGCAUACGCAGCCUCGAAAAUGACUGCUCGCGACUUCUUGCCGAGAAUCUAGCGCUGCGCGAACAAGUGUUAAGCCUGCACAACAAAAUUGAAUCGCGUCCGGGACUCGACCAUAUUGAUGCAGUCAGGACGCAGCUUGAAGCUAAAUUGCAGGAGCUUGGAGGCCUAGUGGCGGGCCUAGCGCAGAUGAAGAAUGGCAGCCAGCAAGACAAAGGACGGAGGAAGAGCCAGAUGACAGCACAGAGGAAGAGCGGAGAGGAGAGGCAAUGGAGGAGUGGGCUGGGACUGCAAGAGGUAGAAAACGCAAUGCUGCCUACCAUUACAGAAGACAAAUUUUAUCCUCGAAGGACCAUGGGUGCGGACGAGCUUGACCAAGUUCUAGAAGGACCAGAAGGUCAUUCCCCAGACAUUGGACCACCACCUGUAUCCCGAUUCGAGAGCGAAGACCCCAUCGGUUUCGACCCUAGCCCUGCCGCACAAGAGCCACAAGAGGAGACAGGUGAAGAUGGCGAGCCAUCGCUAUCGGUCAAUCUUGAGACGCGUAAGAAGCGACGAGAGAGUGGACCGAAGCUGAGCAUACGUCGCGUUUCUCUCUUUGAACCACCAGAAGAAACUGAAGAGGCUGUCGCAAAGCCCAUACGCACUGGUGCUAAGCGCAAGUUCAGUGUUCAGGAGGAUGAGGACGUGAAUCAGUCGAAAUCGGACGCGUUUCGAUUCAGUCGUCGUAAUGCUCCGAGCGCUUCAGAGACUCAGGCAUCGAACGAGGAGUCCAGGCCUACCUCGCCACAUCGGCCUGUCCUUUCAUCCAAACCUGUCAAUACCGACCCAGUCUUGUCGCCCAAGAAACAACGCUCUUCACUCCAAGCAAAGCCCGAGAAGCCUGAAAAGCCAGCACCCAAGUCCCGCAGCCGCCCUCGGUUGAACAUUACUCGUAACGCUGCUCCUGAGCUUGCGCCACCACCAAUGCCCGAGCCCAUCCCUACUGCCGACAUCGUCCUUGAUUCUCUACCACCCAAGACGCCCGCUGUGGAAGCUGUCUUCUCGCCGCCUUCAACCGAGCCCUCAACACAGCGACCAGAUAACAAAGACACACCACCGCCUGGCGACCUUACUUCAUCCGACCAGACUGGACAAGCAGGCAGACCUGGGCGACGGGCCCGCCCCCAGGUCAGCUACAAGGAGCCUAGUUUGAACGUGAAGAUGCGUCGCCCUGAUGCAAAGUUGGUCGACGCGGUGAUUGAUCGCAGGACGAGUGUGGACACUCAGAACCCGCCCUCAACUGCAGUAAAGCGUGAUCCUAAUGGCGAGAUCGCGUGGAAGCCCGUUUCGGCAGUAUCUGGACGAGGAGGCGAGGAAGAGGUCGAAGUAGGGAGCCCGUUGAGACAGAAGCUUGACCGAAGAGAUCAAGAUUCCAAAACUUCGCCUCCAUCAGAUGAGACGGAGGAACGCUCGACGACGUCAAGGUCAAUUUCUGCACUCGUUACAGAGACAGGUACCGCUAAGAGGAGGGUGACUACAUCCACAAAACCAACACUUGAGUUGGGAGCAACAUCACAAGAUCUCCCCCUUUUAUCAAAGGACAGCAUCGUUGUCCAACAAGAAGCGCCCAAGGAUAACCUCGCCAUUUUCGAUUUUACAGACUCGCCCGUUGAUACCGCUACCAAUCCGCGCAACCGCGCCCUGGAAGCUGCUAAAGCUGCGCGAACUGCGCGUCGCCACUCCGCAAUGUCCAUUCCGAACGCUUCGUCUUCUGUAUCAGAAGAGCGCAAAGUAGAAAGGGAAAAGGCGGAAGGUGCGCUUCCUUCUUUGCACAAGCGCACUGGGAGUGGUAACGUGAAGAGUACUAGUACUACGAGUUUUGGCAAGAGUACCAGUGCUAAUGGCACUACUAGGAGUACGUCGAGUGCUCGGACAGCAAGCGUAAAAGAUCGGAGACACCCAAGUGGGGAGGAGUUGCCCGCCAGUGCUAGCACCGAUCUGAGGGCCAAGGUCGACGGUGCUGAAGAGACGAAGGCGCGGGAGAGGGAGACGAUCGCGAUGCGGGCCGAACGCGCGGCCAGCAGAAGGAAGAGCAUGCUGCUCUGA